AUGCCGGGCGCAGAUCAGGAUCCAGCGGCCGUCCGUUCCAUGUCGGAGGAUUUGCCAAACAAUGCCGCUGCUGCUGCAAAGGCAAAGGCCGCUGACUCUCCCGCCAACGUCAACGGCGGCAUCGCCAUGUCCCAUCACGGCACCGCCUCGCUGCCAAACAUCGUCACCUUUGCGUCCAUGGACACGGCCACCCGAAGAGCAAGCCAUCAGGUCAACCCGGAAUCCCCUCGCACAGACGCGCCCCGGCGAAGUCUCUCGUAUGCGCUGCGGCAGGAAUCAGAUGUUUACUACGACUCGCGGGCUGGCACGCGCAAGGAAUGGAAGCGACGAGAUCGGACUCUGCAGGAUUACUACGGCAACAACCCUCAGUUAUUACCCCAGCUGCCGUUUACCUGGCAUCACGGAUGGAAGCGCUGGAGACUGUUUCUGUUCGCCAUCAUGGUGUUUAUCGAUGGCUCGGUGGUGCCGAUUGUGCUGUACUAUGCAAUGAGAUACGCAGGCCAUGUCCCGGGCUGGAUCAUCUUUGCCGUCAUCACAACCAUCUGGGGCGGGCCAACAUACGUCGAAUUUGGCAUCAGAACUCUGCGUCUCAUAAAGAAGGAGAGAUUUUAUCGCCCGCUAGGCACCAACAGCCGCUGGUGCUUUGACACCUUGAACUGGACGUCGGUCCUCACCAUCACGGCCGUCACGGCGCUCUUCAUCGUGGGCAGUGCGCCGCAUGAGGUCUGGCUGAGGGUUCUUUGCAUGCCGGCACCGGCCAUUUUGUACAGCAUCGGCGGUGUUUUGUUUCUGAUUACGCUGUACCACGCUAUGGAUUGGCGUGCUCCCUUCCGUCUGAGCUCUACGGGCAAAGGCGAAAAGGUCUUGCCUGGGGUGUAUUAUUUUAUUGAAGAUGUCGUCGCCGUCAACGCCGGCGCCGGUCGGCCAUACCGAGAAGCUCUUGCUGCACGUUAUACUGCUAGCCCCCGCUUCCGGCGAAUGCUAUUCGUCCAGUCUCUGUUCUGGUCCAUCCCUGCCCUCAUCUUGGCGGCCGGCCUCACCGUUGUAGCUCUCAUCCACCCCAUUCCCGCAACCGUCGCGUAUGGCAUAUGCUGGGCUGUGCCAUUUUUAUGGUGCUUGCUCUGGUGCGGGAUUACAAUCAAGUGGUGCAAGCGGGACAUGGUCCGGGAGAGAGAAGAGUGGGAAAGAAAAAAUCCCACGGAGAAACUCGAGGCAGCAAGCAAUGAGCCUUUGGCGGGAGUAUAA